ACUUAUAUCGUAUUCAUGCAGCUGUACAGCUUCGACCAUCGAUGCAUUAUAUUAGUGUGGCAGAAUCUAAGAAGAAGACUGCCGCGUCCAAGAAUGUUGAGGAUGUGGUGAAGUUAGAAAAACAGCAGGAAGCAAAACCUUAUGGGACGUCAAGGAAACCGAAAGCUCCGGAGCAGACCAAUGGCAGUGUAGAACAGAGCUGGAUUCGGCUCAAGUACCACAACACGAUGAGUGACAUAACAGCAGGAUAUCUUCGGAAAAUGAUGGAAUGAAAAGGCUCAGAGAUUUCAUUAUCCAUGAGUUUGGAUAAUUAUAUGAAUAGCCAUUGCCCUGGCAUUUCUGGUGGCGGUUUGAGUUCCAGAGUUCCUCAAAGAAGGUCCUUGCUGGCUAAACCACUCAAAGAACGGUUUAAAACUUGGUUUCUUGAGAACCCCCAUCAGCUUCAUAGAUUCGACACUCUGAGGUACCUAGCUGCGGAUGAGCCCAUCGAAGAAGUGUUAGCAGUCUUGCAGGAAGUCGCUUUACUAGUCCAAGGACUUUGGAUCAUUAGAACCUCGUUGUGUACGGAGAUAGGUAACAGUGACGUUAGGAAAUACGUUCUUUUUCUAUUUAGCAAGGACGUGAUCGUUAGGUAUGAUCGAAUAUCGAAAGCAGUGGAACAAUUCCUGCCUAACUUGGCAAGAAAUAGACCUAUCUUUAAAGACUGGAAACAUAAAGAGCUUCCAGAUUCUAAGUUCAUGGAACUCUAUCCUGCCAUUGUAAAGAAACAGCAAGAACAGUGGGAAGGCAUGGAGAAACUUUUUGAUCGAGAAAACAAGAGGCAUGCUGUGAAGACCCCAAAAUCUGGCAGGUAGUUACUUGUUGAGAGUUGGUAUAUCAUUUUUUUGUAUUGGAUUAAUUGGUUAAUAAGGUAUUCCUACAUUGAUGUACUAAUUACGUGCACGUUUUUACGGACAAAUAAAUUAAAUUUUACUUGGCCAA